CUUCACGUCUAGCAUUUGCCACCUGUCGUUCAAGGUCUUCAACAGAGACUGCGGUGGUUUUAACCCCGUUGGAGGUAUUGGAAUUUGAAGAUUGUGCGGAAUUAUUCCAUGGACUAGGAUCACCGUUCAUCAUUAUUGGAGAACCUGGGGAAUUGUUGUCUGAAGAACCAAAUAAGGGGGAAGCAGAUGAGAAUGAUGUUUGUAAAUUGAAAAUGGAUGAUGC